AUGUCCGCGUUGCUGCGCGUCGCUGCGUCCGCGGCUGCGCGCGGCGCCGCCUCCGCCCGCGCGCCCAUCGCGGCCGCCACCGCCUCGCACCUGCAGGGCGCGCUGCUCUCGCCACCUCCUCCAUCUCAGACGCGCGCCGUCUCGCAGAGCCCCGUGCUGCUCAAGCGCAAGGGCGGCGCGUCGGCCCACGUGGUCAAGACGUCGAGCUGGAACCGCAGCAAAGGCAACAAGAGCCACACCGCACUAAGUACGAAGCAGAAGCUCAAGAAGGACACGGCGCCGCACCGCUCGCACCUCGAGCGCAUGCGCGACCUCAAGGCCGGGGAGCGCGCCAACGCGCGCAACGCCAAGGAGUGGGCGGCGCUCGAGCGCAACGAGGAGCUCAACAAGGAGCUGGACGAGGUCUUUGAGUACAUGGACAAGUCCGGCCCGCUGGGCGAUUACGUGUACGAGCCCGAGCCGAGCCUCGAGGACGUGGACGAGCUCGACGCGCUCGCCAAGCUCAACGCCAUCGCGCGAGCCGACCCGGACAUCAUGAAGGAGGUCGGUGAGACACAGCGCGCGGCCGCAGCUGCCUCGGGGGCGGACGUUGAAGUUGAAGUUGAAGGGGAUGGGCAAGUGCAACACGAGCUGGCGGUCAACGACUACAACUUUCUGUUGCGCGUGUAUGCUGUCAAGGGCCUGUAUAAGGAGGCCAACGCGCUCUUAACCAGGAUGGAGAAGAACCUCGAGCCCAUUGCCGCGGACAAGACCGUGGUACCGGUUAAGCCCUCGGACUGCACGGAGCUGGCGCUCAUGGACGCGCUGGAGAGCGUGCCCCACGUGAUCCCGCCCAACGCCAAGUCGUAUAUGCUGUACGCGACAGCUUUAGGAGUCGACGGCCAGGCGGCGCACGCUGUGCGCGUCAUUGGGCGCAUGAAGGAGCGUGGAGUGCUGCCGGACGUGUCAGUUUACAACGCCGUCAUGCGCGCGUGCUCCAAGGCUGGGCGCGUGUCCUGGGCGUACAAUGUCAUGGAGAAGAUGCAGGUGGCGGGGCUCGUGCCGGACCGCGCGUCGUUUACUAUUCUCAUGAACGCGGCUAUUGCCGAGGGGGACCUGGACAAGGCCUUUGAGACCUUCCACUUGAUGCGGACGCACGUGGCGGAGCCGGACGAGAUCGCCUUCAGCUGUCUCAUCAACGGAUUCGCGCGCGAAGGCCGCGUGGAGCGCGCGCUCAACUUGCUCGAGGAUCUGCUGGAGUGCGGUCUUACGCCGUCCCUGGUGACGUUUAACACGCUGAUGAACGCGUGCGCCAAGUCGCACUACUACGCGCACAAGGCCAUCGACUUUUACUACGAGAUGCAGGAGCUGUACGACUACGUGCCGGACCUGUACUCGUACACGACGGUGCUGCACGCGUGUGCCAAGCACGGCGACUUUAUCCAGGCGGAGCAGAUCAUCCGACACAUGGAGCGUCACCACGUGCCCAUGACCGAGUUCGUGUACAACACGCUCUUCAACGUGUACGCGCGCGCGCAGAUCAGGUCCAUUGUGGAUAAGGCCCCGCGCAACCAGAAGGCGCCUCCCCCGCCAGAGCCGAUCUACCAGGAGCCGCUCGAGUGGGAUGAUGAGGGCAACGAGGUGGACCUAACGCGCCCGGGCAAGGAGACUUUUUCGCUGAAGAACGCCAAUUACGACGGACGCUUUGACGAAGAUGGAGAGGAGGAGGAAGGGGAGAGCUACAAGCUGAGUCCGGAGGCCCUCGCGCAGGUGGAGGAGCUGCGGAAGAAGGACAAGGCCGAUCACGAGGAGAUGCUGGCGGAGACGACGGACCUGGUCAAGACGGAGCGGAGUAUGGAGGUUUACGGCGAGGAGGACGACCAUCUCUUCGCUGACAGCGAAGAAUCGCUGGACUUUGAGCUCACGCCGAUGGACCUGCAGGACUUUGGCAAGUUCCAGACGCUCAACAUCAAGCGCGCGGAAGUGCGGUUCCACGAGAUGACCUUCGAGAAGGGCCUCAAGCCGUCCCUCAUCACGCUCAACUCCAUGCUGGCGGUGUAUUCGAACGCGCUGCGUCUACGCUCGGCAGAGGUCUUCCUGGACGAGACGUUCUCCAAGUUCGAGCUCAAGCCCAACAAGUUCUCGUACCGCAGCAUGAUGCAGAUGUACGUGCGUGCCAAGCGGACAACUCAAGCCGAGAAGCUGCUGGAGCGUGUGCGUUCGGAGAUUGAGAACGGCGACCUGGAGCCCGACGAGGUAACUUUCGGCUUCUUGGUGGACCACUACGCCAGGAAGCGCCUGAUGCGCCGCGCGCUCAACACGCUCGAGGACGCCGAUGCGCUGGGCUUGCAGCUGCAGGAGAAGCACCUGAAGAAGAUCCGCGCGCUCACCGAGCGCUACGGCGUGUUCACCGACCUCAUUCCGGAGGACCCGAACGCCGUACUGCUCGCGGGUACGCGCCACAAGCUCAUGGAGAAGCGCAAGGUGCGCGCGCAGGUUUUGGAGUACAACCGCAAGAUCGGCAAGCGCUAUUUGCUGCCUGACACUGAAUAUGCAGUGAAGUGGUUCUACACAGAGUACUCGAAGAACCUGGCGAUCAACUUGUUUUGGAACUAUGAUGAGGAUGAGGACACAUACUUCAGCGUACUUGAUGCUGCAGCAGAACACGGACACUUGGGUAUCGUGAAGUAUCUGGAUAAGGUGUGUAAACUGGUGACACCUGAAGAGAAAGCCAAGCGUGAGGAGCUCUCUAACAUUGACUACAGUGAUCCUGAUUGGGAGUUUGAGGUGGAACAGUCGAGCGUGCCAGGAUGCACGACUGCUGCCAUGGACAAAGCCGCCAGCAACGGACACUUGGACGUAGUUUGCUACCUUCACAACAACAGGACUGAAGGCUGCACGACGGAGGCGAUGGAUGCAGCUGCUAGCCAUGGACAUCUCGACGUCGUGUGCUGGCUUCACAAUCACCGAAUGGAAGGCAAGGACACCUACACGUCGUCGAGUGGUUGCAUGAUAAUCGGAGCGAAGGCUGCACUUCUGAGGCUAUGGAGCUCGCUGCAAGGGGAGGCCACCUACACGUCGUCAAAUGGCUUCAUGAACACCGGGAUGAAGGCUGCACGACAGACGCAAUGGAUGGGGCGGCAGCCUCUGGCCACCUCGAAGUCGUCAAGUGGCUACACAGCAAUCGCUCUUGGCCGACACUUCGAGGUCAUGCUGCUGCUGCACCGGGUGCGAGAUGAAGGUUGCAAGGUAGUAAUGACGAAAGACGAUCUGCUCAUGUCCGAGAUCUUCCAGUGGCUGAUGGUCCACUACCGCGAUGCGAUGUUUGCGGGGUUACAGGCAGCGUAG